AUGGCCAACAGCAGCUCCAUCACCCACUUCCUCCUCCUGCCAUUCCCAGGCACAAGGCAGCUGCAGCUCCUGCACUUCUGCCCCUUCCUGGCCAUCUACCUGGCUGCCCUGCUGGGCAAUGGCCUCAUCAUCAGCACCAUAGCCUGGGACCACCACCUCCACACCCCCAUGUACUUCUUCCUCCUCAACCUCGCCCUCCUUGACUUGGGUGCCAUCUCCACCACUGUGCCAAAAUCCAUGGCUAAUUCCCUGAGGGACCGCAGGGACAUCUCCUAUGCAGGAUGUGUUGCUCAGGUCUUUCUCUUUCCCUUUUUCAUGUCAGCAGAGUAUUUUCUCCUCACCACCAUGUCCUACGAUCGGUACGUUGCCAUCUGCAGACCCCUGCACUAUGAGACCCUCCUGGGCAGCAGAGUUUGUCUCCACCUGGUAGCAGCUGCCUGGGCCUGUGGGGCUCUCAAUGCUCUGCUGCACACAACCAAUACAUUUUCCCUGCCCCUCUGCCAGGGCAUUGCUGUGGACCAGUUCUUCUGUGAAAUCCCCCAGAUCCUCAAGCUCUCCUGCUCCACAUCCUACCUCAGGGAAAUUUGGCUUCUUGUGCUCACUGCCUGUUUAUUCUUUGUCUGUUUUGUGUUGAUUGUGGUGUCCUAUGUGCAGAUCUUUAGGGCAGUGCUGAGGAUCCCCUCUCAGCAGGGACGCCACAAAGCCUUUGCCACCUGCCUCCCUCACCUGGCUGUGGUCUCCCUGUUUCUCAGCACUGCCUCCUUUGCCUACCUGAAGCCCUCCUCCAUCUCCUCCCCAUCCCUGGACCUGGUGGUGUCAGUUCUGUACUCAGUGGUGCCUCCAGCAGUGAACCCUCUCAUCUACAGCCUGAGGAACCAGGAGCUCAAGGCUGCCCUGAGCCAACAAGUGGCACCCAAACAGGGACCUUCCUUUGGAACGACACUUCCAAAGACUGAGAGCGGCGUUCACCGAAGCCCAAGUCGUAAGAUUACCGGCACCGGUUCUGGCAGCACCGGCGGCAAGCUCGGGGAGCACGCUCGGGGAGCGGGGCCGAUCGAUCACCAAAGAAGCUCGGGCAAACGCAGAGCGGGAUCGAUUGCUGAAGACGCUGCAAAGUCUGGGAGACUGCCAUACAAUCGGGGAGACUGCCUGUGCGCACAGGUACCAAUGCAAAAUGGGAAGGCAGGCGGCGUAUGA